AUGCCACACACCACAUUCGCCGAUCGUCUCCACGACCGGCUGGCCCUUAGCAAACACACCCGAGGGUCCUCACAACAAGAUACCCCCAACUAUGUCUAUACCCCUUCCGAGAGCCCAGAGUGGUCACAGACGUCGUUCGCCUUUGACGCGUCCCAGGGUGCGAAGGUGACAAGCUUGGAUGACCUUCAAUCCUCCCAACUCGAUGACUGGCCAUCCCGUGAGAAGUACUACUCGUUGUCCAGUGGCAGUCAGAACUUACAAUGUCCACCGCCGAUACUGUGGAAGACGAUACUUGUCCCAACUGCGGCGGUCGUCCUCCCCAUGGCGGCCCUUGUUGCUGGAUUGCUGGCCUUGAUCUUUGGCUAUCGAGUCAAGUCCGACAGCAGCCUGUUCGUCCAAGUAUCGAAUGCCGAAGCCUUGCGAGACCAUGCCGUUGUCCUUGUCAACUACUCGGCUACUCGGAUUGUGUUUGUCGCAUCUUGGGCGUCAACCCUGGCGCCUCUUCUUUCUGGGUUCAUUAUGAGCUUGUCCAGCUUCCGGCUUGCCCUUGCCAUGUAUCGCUCGUCUUCAGGCUCCGACCAACGUGAUCUUCCGACACCCUAUCAGUAUAGUCUCCUGGUCGGUCUCUGCCUGGCCUCGACUGGACGGUUGAUGAGAUACUUUUCCUACUCACAUUGCGACGGGGUUAUCAUCCCACCUAUUCUGCGCCGCGCGGCUCUAACGCUGGGCCUAUCACUCGUUCUUGCGUGCACAGUCUUCGCCGCGGACACCGUACUGCACUACACGACCAGCACUAUCAACUUCGACCAAGUCUCUAUCUCAUCGCGCAUGAACAGCUACGGCCGUGAAUUGUCGUCUGAAUGCUUGACACUCAACCGCUCCGCCAACUACGGUCUGCCAUGUUCACGCAAUGGGGACGUCGCUAGGACGGAUUAUGACGCCUACGUCGCCGGCCAGAACGAGAUCUUCUUUCUACAGCACGGGACGUCCAAUGAGUCCGAAAUCCUCCUAGUCACAAAUCCGAAAUCGACCAGAGAGCAGGCCGCGCUCUUGGUACCCCGAAGUGGCAAGCUCUCGCCCUUUCAAGACUUUCGUGCCGAAACCACGGCCGUCAUCACGACAUGUACGCCCAUCAGCUCCGAGUGCCAGUGGAAGACGGGAGGGCCCUCAGACAUGUACAGCCAAUUCAAUUGCAGCGAUGAGUUUUGGGGCGUGUUAGGCAAAGCCGCAAACGUCAGUGAUACGGGAGCCCUAGUCAGCGAUGCGGACGUGCCGCCUCUAGGGUUCAAGUCUGGCACUUCGCUGCAGUACGGCUUCUAUAUGGACCAGGCACUCAACAAGCGUUACGAUAGUGAGGGUAACCUCGGGCCGUUCAUGCCGGACAACGAGCUGAUCAACCCGGUAUACCUAGGCAUCGCGGGCCGGUUUGCUUCGACGGCGCAGCGGGCAGGUGUCAACAUGUCGUCCGACCCAGGCGUGCACAAGGGUCCGACAUCGUCCAUCGACUUUGUCCUGCGGUGUCAAUAUACGACGUACCUGGCCGACUACAGCUGGGUGAACUCGACCGCACACAUCAACGAGCUCACCCAGUCGCCGAACGGGACCUUGGCCGAGAUUUACCACGGCUACAACCUGAUCGGCAGCACCAGCGCCUUCGACAAUGAGCUACAAGACAUGGUAUUACAGGCAGCUCUAGCUUCUAAUGCCAAUGAUAUGGCCGAUUCUUUCGCCAACAGCUACUCAACGCGCAUCAUGAGCGUCAUCGGCCCGUUCCUAUCAAGCCGCGCCAACUUGGGCGAACAGACCCGCACGCCGCUGCUCGUGGCCAAAGUCCCCAAGGCUCCGCUCGCCAUCCUCGCCGCUUGCUGUCUAGCUUAUGUGCUGUUUGGGGUCACGGCCGCGAUCUGGGCUUACCGUGCCUUGAGUCAUGCUGAUGUGCGUGAUCUCGCAUUCCAAUUCAGCCUCCCUGCGUUAGGACUGCAUGCGUUCCGCGACCCCGUCACGGAUCAGGUGGCCUGGGAGAUUGAUGGGGCCGGACAUCGGGUGUUCGACGAGACCAAUGUCAAAACGGAGACCAUGCGGGUAGCGGUCGACGGCGGGCCAAAGUCCGGAUAUCUAUUGAAGAGCCUGGUUUAG